AAAACUGCUGCUCACCUCUGCCUCUUGGAGCGUCCCCUUGUCUGCUCUCUGGAGUGUGGAUGGUGUCUUUAGCAUGAAGAACUCUUUUGUAGAUGAUCACUACGUUGAGUUCAGUAAACUCUCUCAGGACAGAGUCAUCGGCACCAAAGACCAGGUCGCACACAUCUACGACAUCCAGACGGGGCAGAAGACGCUGACCCUGAACGACCCCGGCCUGGCCAAUAACUACAAGAGGAACUGCGCCACCUUCAACCCGACGGAUGACCUGGUGCUGAACGACGGCGUGCUGUGGGACGUUCGAGCGUCACGGGCCGUCCAUAAGUUCGACAAGUUCAACAUGAACAUCAGCGGCGUGUUCCAUCCCAACAGCCUGGAGGUCAUCAUCAACACUGAGAUUUGGGACCUGAAGACCUUCCACCUCCUGCACACAGUCCCCGCCCUCGACCAGUGCAGACUCGUCUUCAACAGCAACGCCACCAUCAUGUACGGAGCAAUGCUACAAGCCGAUGAUGAGGAUGAUGUGAUGGAUCAGCAGAUGAAGAGUCCCUUCGGUUCGUCCUUCAGAACCUUUGACGCCACAGACUACAAACCCAUUGCCACAGUGGACGUGAAGAGGAACAUCUUUGACCUGUGCACUGACAACAAGGACUGUUACCUGGCCGUGAUCGAGAACCAGGACACGGUGAGUUUGGACACGGUGUGUCGUCUCUACGAGGUGGGACGACAGAAACUGGCCGAGGAGGGAGACGAACACGACCAGGAUGAUGAAGAUCAGGACGACGACGAUUCGUCAGACACAGACGACGAUGACGACGACGACGACAUGGACACGGACCCGCUCAUCGAGGAACUGAACAACAGAGAGAAUCAAGAAGACGGGGCCUACUUGCCCACAGACGAAGAGAUCGCAGAUCUUCUUGAAGGCAACAGCGACGACGACGAUAAUGACGAUGACAACAACGACGACUCGGACGACGACAACGACGACUCCGACAGAAGCGAAGACGGGUCUGAUCCCUUCGACCCUGACUGUGAGUAA